ACGUAUGCAGACUUUGUCUUUCUAAAGAAUCCAAAAAUCUGAGUAAACCGAUAACUUUUUUAGGCUCCUUCUCUGUCUUCUUUUUCUUUUACAGUUUCUGUUACUGUGACAAUGCCCAAUCUAGCCUAGAGAUAUAGUGUAGAGGUCCCAUUCGAGAGAGAGAGAGACAAAGAGAGGAGACUAGAGAGAGAAUGUGUGUGAGUUAGAGAAAGACAAUGGGGUAGUAGAUAGAGGAUAUGCAGCUGGAGUUUUUCUGUCCACAGCUGCUGAUGCUGAUCAAAGGCCUCCAAUAGAUUAGUAAUUCCUUGAGGGCGGUCUUAAGAAGCUGCUGUCACAACAGUCAUUUGAGUGGUCUUAAAGUCUUUGUUGAGGAGGCAGGUGCGAGGGAUCAGGCAAAAAGAUCUCUGAAGGCUUGUUUUAGAAUAGAAUAAUCAGGUGGUGGGAAUAGAAUAAAUUGUUACUCUGGCCUGGAUCCUUGAAGACCAGGUUUUGGCAAAGUCCAAACCAGCUGUGUAUUUGCUCUUGCUCUUGGCUGGAGUCAUGGCAACUUCAUUACAUUCUGAGUCAAGGCGCAGGUAUUCUUGGUGGUGGGACAGCCAUAUUAGCCCAAAGAAUUCAAAAUGGCUUCAGGAAAAUCUUACAGAUAUGGAUACUAAAGUCAAAGCAAUGAUCAAGCUUAUUGAAGAAGAUGCAGAUUCUUUUGCAAGGAGGGCAGAGAUGUACUAUAAAAAACGUCCUGACCUUAUGAAACUGGUUGAGGAGUUCUAUAGAGCUUAUCGUGCAUUAGCAGAAAGGUACAAUAAUGCAACUGUGGAACUCCGUCAGGCUCAUCGAACCAUUGUAGAAGCCUUUCCCAACCAGGAGCCUUUAAUGGCAGAUGAUUCACCCUCUGGCUCUUCAGGCUUUGAGGUUGGGCCUCACACACCAAAAAUGCCACAUCCAAUUCGUGCAUUUCUUGAUCCAGAUGAUUCAGAAGAAGCCUACUCAGGAAUGGGCAAAAAGGGUUUAAAGCAGUUGAAUGAUAUGUUCAGACCUCAAAUAUCCAUUAGCAAAGUCCUCAAUGUUGGUGGAGCAGAAGACAGUGAACAAGGUUACCAAGAUGGUUUAUCUCAAUUAUCAAGUGAAAUCCUGAAUCUAAAGAAGAGGUUUCUUCUUGAGUCUAGUCGUGCAGGCAAAGCUGAAUCAGAAGUUCUAUCUCUGACGAAAAUUCUUGCUAAUGCUCAAGCUGAAAAAGAAGCUGUUUCUUGCCACUACGAGCAGAGUUUGAGGAAGUUAUCUACCCUGGAGAGAGAACUAAAUGAAUCUCAAAAGGAUGCUGGGAGUCUUGGUGAACGAGCCAGCCAAGCUGAAAUUGAGAUUAAAAUAUUGAAGGAGGCACUAGCCAAAUUGGAAGCUGAGAGGGAUGCUGCUUUUCUUAAGUACAAUCAGUGUUUGGACAGAAUAUCUGCUCUGGAGUCAACAAUCUCCCAAGCCAAAGAGGAUGCAGAAGGACUCAAUGAUAGGGCCUAUAAAGCAGAAAUGGAAGUGCAAAAUCUGAAGCUAGAGCUUUCUAAACUGGAGGCUGACAAGGAAACUGUUCUUUUUCAGUACAAGCAAUGUCUUGAGAUAAUUGCUGUGUUAGAAAAUAAAAUCUCACUUGCUGAGGAAAAUGCUAGAAUGCUUAAUGAGAAAAGUGAGAAAGCAGAAAGUGAAGUCAAAGCACUGAAGGAAGCUCUUGCUAAACUGAAGGAAGCGAAAGAUGCUGUUGCUCUUCAGUAUGAGCAGUGCUUGGAAACAAUAGCCAAGAUGGAGGGUGAAAUUUCUCGUGCCCAAGAAGAGGAAAAACAACUAAAAAGUGAGAUUGUGGAGGGUGCUGCGAAGUUGAGGAGUGUGGAAGAACAGCGUGUUCUACUUCAGAUAUCAAAUGAAUCUCUGCGGAUAGAGGCGGACAAUCUGGUGCAAAAAAUAACAGUUAAGGAUCACCAGCUUUUGGAGAAGCAAAAAGAGUUGGAGAAACUUCAGACAGUACUGCAGGAAGAACAGUCAAGAUUUAUGCAGGUUGAAACCACUAUGCAGACAUUGCAAAAGUUGCACUCUGAGUCUCAAGUGGAACAGCAAGAGCUGACAUUGGAGCUUCAAAAUAAGCUUCAUUCGUUGAAAGAGCUGGAGACAUGUAACCAUGCCCUGGAAGAAGACAUCCAGUGGGUGAAGGGAGAAAAUAAGAGCCUCAAUGAAUUGAAUCAUGCUUCCACCAUUUCAAUAAAUAAUCUGCAAGAUGAAAUUUAUAGCUUGAAGGAGAUAAAAGAAAAGCUUGAGAAGGAAGUCUCUCUUCAGAUGGAUAGAAGUAAUACUCUACAACAAGAGGUUAACAAAUUGAAGGAGGAAAUUGAGGUCUUGAACAGGGCAUACCAGCAUUUAAUUGAGAAACUUCACUCUCUAGGUUUAAAUCCUGAAUGCCUUGAAUCAUCUGUGAAGGAAUUGCAACAUGAGAACUCAAAGCUGAAAGAAGAAUGUGGCCAGCAUAAAGGUGAGAAGGAAAUCCUAUAUAAGAAGUUGAGGGACAUGGAUUCCCUUUUGGAGAAUAAUGCUGUUUUGAGAAGUUCACUCUCAGAAUUGAAUGGCAAGUUAGAAGGGUCAAGAGAGUUGGUCCAGGAAUUGCAGAAAUCCUGCCAGUUUCUCCAGGGAGAUAAAUCGACUCUUAUUACUGAGAAAUCCACUCUACUUUCUCAGUUACAAAUUAUGACCGAGAAUAUGCAGAAGCUCUUGGAGAAAAACAAAUUGAUGGAGAAUUCCCUUUUUGGAGCAAAUGUUGAGCUUGAAGGUUUGAGGGCAAAGUCAAAGAGCUUAGAAGAAUUCUGCCAGUUACUCAAAGAUGAGAAAUCCAGUCUCCUAAAUGAGAGAAGUACCCUGAUCUCUCAGCUGGAAAAUGUGGAACAGAGACUGAGCAACCUUGAAAAGAGGUUUAUCAAACUGGAGGAAAAACAUGCUAAUAUGGAGAAACAGGAAGAAUCAACAGUUUCUCAAGUAGAAGAGCUGCAGGGUUCUCUUAGUCUGGAACAACAAGAGCGUGCAUGUUAUGUAAAGUCAAGCGAGUCUCGGUUAGCAUUUCUGGAAAACCAUGUCCAUAUACUGCAAGAAGAAAGCAGGUCGAGGAAGAAAGAGUAUGAAGAGGAAUUGGAUAGAGUUGUAAAUGCUCAGGUUGAGAUCUUCAUCUUGCAGAAAUUUGUGAAAGAUCUAGAAGAAAAGAACUUGUCUCUGUUGAUUGAACGUCAGAAACACAUUGAUGCAUCCAAAUAUUCAGAAAAACUCAUUAGAGAGCUGGAGAGUGAAAAUCUUGAGCAGCAGAUAGAAGCUGAAUUCUUGUUGGAUGAAAUUGAAAAGUUAAGGAUGGGGAUUUAUCAAGUAUUUAGGGCUCUUCAAUGUGAUCCAGUCAAUGGGGUACAAGAUUUGAUUGAACCAGAUCAAAUUUCUCUUUCUCCUAUUUUGAAUGGUAUUGAAGGCCUAAAGAGCUCAGUGGACAGGAACAAGGAUGAGAAUCAGCAGCUGUUUGUUGAGAACUCAUUGCUGCUAACUUUUCUUGGACAACUGAAAUUAGAGAGUACAGAACUUGAGUCAGAGAGAAGGGCCCUUGGACAGGAGUGUAUGGCCAUGAAAGAGAAGAAUGCUGUUCUGCAAAAAGAAAAGCAUGAGCUCCUAGAGACGAAUCAGGAGUUGAUGUUGGAUGUGAGUAAGGGAGAGCUACAGGAGGAAGUAUUAAAUGCUGAACUGGAGACUCAAUGGGGGCAGUUGGUAAAUAUGCAGAGAACUUAUCUGGCUUUACAAGAAGAAAACUCCAAGCAGCUUGAGGAAAACAGACUUUUACUAAAGAAAUUUUUGGAGCUGAAGGAGGAAAUGCAUUCUCUUGAAGAGGAAAACAUCUCCACCCUCCAGGAAGUGGUAGCCCUCUGUAGCCUCUCUGCAGUUUUUGAGAGCUUCAGUUCUGACAAAGCUAACCAACUUAAAGCUCUUUCCAAAGAUCUCAAUAAUCUCCAUGUGGUUAACGGUGAUCUCAAGGGAAAAUUUGAGAAAUUGGGGGAAGUGUGCCAGAAGAAAGAAGAAGAAAACCAACAGCUGAAGGAAAUUAUUGAAAAGUUGCAGAAGGAAUUCCAUGCAGUCAAAGAUUUAAACGACCAAUUAAACUGUGAGCUUCUAAUUGGAAAUGAUUUUCUGAAACAGAAGGCAAUGGAGCUGGCAGAAGCAGAACAGAAGCUUAAGGCUGCAGGUAACUUGAAUACAGAAUUCUGCAUCACUCUUGAGGGGCUGAAGACAGAAUGUGAAGAAUCUAAAGUGAUAAGAAAAAAUCUAGAAGAGCAGAUUCUUGAACUAUCAAAACAUAGCAGUGCGCAGAAAAGAGAAAUCGAAUGCCUUCUUGAAGUAAAUGCAGAUUUGGGAUCAGAAGUUGGUUUACUGCACAAGGAACUUGAGGACCAAAGGGCUAGAGAAGACAAUCUGAAUUUGGAGCUGGAAGAGAGAAACAAUGAUUUUGAACUCUGGGAGGUUGAAGCUACAUCAUUCUAUUUUAAUUUUCAAGUUUCUGCAAUCCGUGAAGUACUGCUUGAAAAGAAGGUACAUGAGCUUUCCGGAGUUUGUAAGACCCUUGAAGAUGACAGUGCUGCAAAAAGUGCAGAGGUGAUACAAAUGAAGGAAAGGGUUGACAUCCUGGAAAGUGAGGUUGGAGGGUUGAAGGCCCAGUUGAAUGCAUAUGUUCCUGUCAUAGCUUUGCUUAAGGAAAAUAUAGCAUCUCUUGAACAGAACGUCCAUCUUGGAACAAAGCUUUCUCACCCAGCCAAUCAAAUAGAGAAGGAUGGAGCAAGGGGUGAUGUAAGUCAUGAAAUGAGGUCCAAAGAACUCAAGGAAUCCGAAAUUAAUGUUGUGACAACUGGAAUUUCAGACUUGCACGAGGUACAGUUGAGGCUUGAAGAAGUUGAAAAGGCAUUGGUGGAAGAGAUGGAUAAGCUUGCACAGCAAAGUAUUAAUGACAACAUGAAAUUAGAAUCUCCCACAAGUAAACCUGUGUUAGAUUCAAGAAGUUCUUCAUACCAAGAAGACAUAAAGGAGGAAAAAAAAAUUCUCCAAGACGACCUUGCUGAAAACCUCAAAUCAAACAAGAUGAAACCUGAAAUUUCUGAAGUGAGGAAUGGGAUAUUAAUGAAAGAUAUUCCUCUUGAUCAAGUCUCAGACUGUUCACUCUAUGGCACAAGCAAGAGAGCGAAUAGCAGAUCAAAUGAUCAAAUGCUUGCGUUGUGGGAGUCUGCAGAGCUAGUUAGCGGCACUAAUUCAACACCCGAUGACAUGUGGAAGAAGAUAACUGUAUCAGUGGAGAAUGUUGUUUCACGUCGUCAUCAUUUCAUAGAUGUUGAGAAGGAGCUGGGGAUUGACAUGGUAGAGGUAUCUACAAGCAGUAGACAGCCAAGUAAAGGCGCAAAAGGCAGAAAGGUUCUGGAAAGACUUGCUUCUGAUGUGCAUAUUUUAACGAGUCUUCAAACAACUGUCCGAGAGCUGAAAAAGAAAGUUGAGAUGCGCAAGGGAAGCAAGAAAGCUGAUUAUCUUGAAUAUGAGGAAGUUAAAGAACAAUUGCAAGAAGUGGAGGAAGCUAUUAUGGAGCUGAUAAAUAUCAAUGAUCAACUAACAAAGGAUGUUGAAGAGAGUCCUUCACCCCCAAAUGGGAACCCUACUGAACUGGGAGAGGCAGGAAAUCUGUACAGGAAGAGAGUGCUGGACCAGGCACAAAGAGGGUCAGAAAAGAUCGGAAGGUUACAGUUUGAGGUGCAGACAAUUGAGUAUGUUCUACAGAAACUGGAACAUGAAAGGAAAAACAGAAAGAAAACCAGAUUUUCUGGGCCAAAAACAGAUGUCCUCUUAAGGGACUUCAUCUAUAUUGGUGGAAGACACAGUGGAAGGCGGAGGAAGGGUUGCUUUUGUGGGUGUGCAAGACCUCCAACCAGUGGAGACUGAGGUUGGGUUACCAUACACUGCUUUUGGCUACAAAUUCCCUUCAAGAUUUUGUUGUAUUAUAUUUGUGAGAUAAAAUCUUUGUUGGUCAGAGCAAAACCAUAGCAAGCUUUUAGAGUACAGGGAAACUUUUAACAAUUAGAACUGACUUGAUCAUGUAAUAAGCUGCCUCCAGAACUUUCGGUUCUUGUAUCAUGUUGAAUAGUUAAAGCAGCAAAACUUGUGUCUAUCCAUGUUUUUCUACU